AGAUUUAGAAAAUGGUCGAAACAGGGCCAGUCCUCGAAUGAUGCUAGUUCCUCGCCUGGUCUGCAGCUGGAAACCACACCCAACCAACAGGACAUGGGGGUUUUGACAGAGGAGGAAAGGGAGAAUGAGCAACGGGGGCUGGCGUUGAGGGAGGGAACUGGGAACUCAGCCAUUGAAGGCUCUGGGAGCGGUGAGGAGAUGAGAGUGGCGAGCACCCAUCAGCCACAACUCACGUGGGCAGACCGUCUCAAAACCCCUCAGAAAGGUCAGGUCCUCACAAUUCAACGGGGUCAAGGAAGCCCGCGGUCGGGGAAGCUUGAGGUCUCCCUCGAAGGGCUGCCACCCGCCCGGGCCUUCUUCCUGGGGAAAUUCUUGCUCCCAUCAGAAACAAGAGUGGUUAACCACGGGGGCAGACAGACCAUGGUGAAGGCGUAUCCCAACCAUGGGAUAGCGGGUAGGGAUGAAAUCUACACGAGACACGCGAACAACUGGGUCUUUCAUGACGACGCGGCCUUCAAGACGACAAAUGACAAGGUCAGAUGGAUCGGCCGCCGCCUCGAAAUCCUGAAAGAGAGUGCGGACCUGGCCCGUGAUCAGUUUCUGAUCCAACCUGUCACAAGCACCCUGUUCACAGUCCUCUCCAUGUACGAAUCAGAUAAGCAAAAGAUUGACGGCUGGAAACGUCUUUGCUGCGAGCGCUCAGAAGUUCGGAUUCACCCGUGGAUGCCGCAGAGAAGACCGGGACCGGAGGAAAGGAGGGCACAACUGAUGCAGGAUUUCCAUUGGGUGGAGUUUCGCCACAUCCCGGUGGAAAUCCAGGCGGCUUUCGUAUACGACUUUGGUCUGUUAUACGAUAUUGUCGCCUUUAUCGACCCCCUCCCUUCCUACGUGGCGAAAAGGGACAACUAUUUGAUGUUGGCCCUCGACUUCCCCCAGGGCCAACCUUUCUCCCUGGACGAUGUGAUCCCUUAUCGGGUGGGGGGAAAGGAGUACCUCAUUCACACAGCUCACAAGCUGCGGCCCUGGUGUCACAAGUGCAGAGCCUAUGGCCACUUAUGCACCGAUUACAACUGCCCGAUGCAACAACAGAAAAGGGCGCGAGCAACCGGGAGACUGCUCAGAGACCCAUUCAAAGUGACCCACUGGCGCACGGUGGACCCGGGACAUGAGGGAUGGGUGUUUGUAGAAGAACCGACGAAGGAGGGUCCUCCGGUAGGAUGGAUAUGGGAGAAAUAUGGGGAACCAGAUUGGGGGACAUGCCCGCCGGACGCACGGGUUCCUCCGGCCCCAGUGGAAAAAAUGUGCAAGCAAGAGCAAAGAGGAGAUCUGCUCCCCCAGAAGCACACCCAGGAAGAACUGGAGUGGAAGAGUGUGGGAAAGAAAAAGGGGAAAGGGACCUGGGUUCAAAAGCAGCAAACGGGAUCAGAACAGGGGCCCUCAGACAAAGGAAAACAGGCCUCCCUUGCUGCUACCCCGGGCCCUUCGGCAGAGAGAUACCUCCACGAUGCCGCCUCCCCACCGCUAGGGGGGAUUGCCAAGGAGCUGCUGGAGAAAACUGACGCAACAGAAACCACGCGCAACCGGACAAGAAGGAAUGCGGGAGGGGAACGGCUGCAGGCGUCGGCGGAGUUGAGGGGAGGAGAGGAGGCACAAAUGGCGGAUGGCUCCCUUAUGCAGCAGGUGUCAGAGUGCCCUGGGGGCUUGACGGUAGGACGAUUGGAAAGGAAACAGGGGGGAGAACAGACGGGAGGGGGUAAGGAGAGGGGGUGUAGGCCCGGGGAAGGACAGGAGGAGGUUGAACGGAUGGAGGUGGAGGAAGGGGACAAAGGAGGUGAGGGAGGGGGACGCCGGUUGGGGGAAGGGCAGGAGAAUGGCGAACAGAUGGAGGUGGAGAGAGGGGAUAGACAAAACCAACAGAAGAACCCAGACCCCUUCCAGGCUGCUUUUGCUCCCGAACCUAUGGAGGUGGACCCACUCCCGGAAAACACAGCCGCUGCACCCGGGGGGCUGGAUGAGGAAGGGGCCCCGCCAUCGCACCUCCCUCCGGAGCAGAAACUGGUCGCAAUUGCAGACUGGUUGGUGGCUAACCUAAAGGCUAAAUAUGGGCCCCUUACGGACGAUUUCUGAGAUAAAACAUACCUGGAUUU